CUACCGAGGCUUCGGGCGUGGUGGUUGACGCCGCGUAACGGAUGGAAAUCGUGAUGAUUACCGGAUGAAACGAUUGUAGGAAAUGUGGCGGUAACGAAUGCAUACUUAACACUUGCAAUGAGCAAAAUUUACCAUUGACGGAAAAGAUUCUGCAGAUGCUGGAAAUCCAGAGCAACACACACAAGAUGCUGGAAGAAUUCAGCAGAUGACUGGAAAUUUACAAAGUCACAAUGAGCAUAAAGGCAUUUGAACUUGUUCCUGUGCUUGAGCGAGAUCUGCUGAUAGGCGAUAAAACGUGGAUGACAAUUGACUGCAUUGAAUGUUGUGGGAAGAAUCUUUAUGUAGGAACAAACGACUGUUUUAUCUAUCACUUCCUAUUGGAAGAAAAAGUAUCCUCCUCAGGAAGACUUGUGUUUACUCCAAUAAAACAACUGCACAUGUAUCUGGGGCUUAAAAAAGCUGUGAAUGAGCUGAAAGCGGCAUCGGCUUUGAACAGACUAUUGGUUCUAUGUGACAAUACUGUGACUUUAUUACAUAUGAUCAAUCUGGAACCAAUCCCAUCAGGAGCUAAAAUCAAAGGAGUAAUUGAAUUUGCUGUAAAUGAGAAUCCGGUGACUGGAGACCCUUUCUGUGUUGAAGUUUGUACCAUUUCACUAAAACGGAAAACUGUGCAAAUAUAUGCAGUGCAUGAAGAUCGUGUCCAGUUAAUGAAGGAGGUAUCCACACCAGAACAACCAGUUGCUAUAGCUGUAGAUGGCUACUUCCUUUGCUUGGCGAUGAGCACACAAUAUAUUAUUUUGUGCUACAACACUGGUGUUUCACAGGACCUGUUCCCAUUCAAUAGUGAGGAAAAACAACCGAUUGUAAAGCGGAUUGGGCGAGAGGAAUUUUUAUUAGCAGGACCAGGUGCAUUGGGAAUGUUUGUGACAGCAGCAGGAAUCUCCCAGCGUGCACCUGUUCACUGGUCGGAGAAUGUGAUUGGAGCAGCUGUGUGUUUUCCUUAUGUGGUGGCUCUGGAUGAAGAGUUUCUUACUGUACAUAGUAUGCUUGACCAACAGCAAAAGCAGACAAUUCCAUUCCGAGACGGUCACAUACUACAAGACUUUGAAGGGAAACUGAUUUUGGCCACUAGUAAAGAAAUACAUAUUCUGGCACCUUUGCCUUUGGAAAGGCAGAUCCAAGAUCUUCUUGCCAGCCACAGGGUGGAGGAAGCUCUUGUCCUAGCAAAAGCAGCGCGACGGAAUAUUCCAAAAGACAAAUUUCAGGUUAUGUACAGAAGAAUUCUGCAGCAAGCUGGGUUUAUACAGUUUGGCCAGCUUCAAUUUUUAGAAGCUAAAGAACUCUUCAGGAAUGGCCAGCUCGAUGUAAGAGAGUUAAUGUCUCUCUAUCCACUACUGCUUCCUUCAACCUCUACAUUUAUACGGUCCCAUCCCCCUUUACAUGAAUAUGCUGACUUGAAUCAACUCAUGCAGGGUGACCAAGAGAAAAUUAAGAAGUGCAAGCGUUUCCUUAUGAGCUACUUGAAUGAGAUUCGAAGCACUGAAGUAGCAAAUGGCUACAAGGCAGAAAUUGACACAGCCUUGCUAAAGUUGUAUGCUGAAGAUAACCAUGACAGUUUGCUGGAUUUGUUGGUUUCUGAAAAUUCCUGUCUAUUAGUGGAUUCUGUUUCUUGGCUGGAAAAAUACCAGAAAUACUUUGCACUUGGUCUUCUUUAUCACUAUAAUGGACAAAAUGAAGCAGCACUACAGUUGUGGGUGAAGAUCGUUAAUGGACAGCUCCAGGAUACAACCCGUUCCGAUCUUUUUGAAUAUAUUGUUGAUUUUCUAAGCUUCUGCUCUAAUCGCGAACUGGUAUGGAAGUAUGCUGACUGGGCCUUACAGAGAAUUGAAGAGGUUGGUGUCCGGAUUUUCACAAGGCGACCAGUUGAUGAAAACCAGACAACCUCUAUGAAUCCAGAUGACAUUGUCAACUAUCUUCACAAGUAUAAGAAAGCUAUUGUUGUGUAUUUGGAACACUUAGUAUUUGAAAGAAAGAUUCAGAAGGAGAAAUACCACACACAUUUGGCUAUAUUAUACCUGGAUAAAGUACUAGAAUUGCACUCCCAGGGAGAAAAUGUUUCAGAAGAACUAUCUUUAGCACGUUGUACUCUGAAAAACUUACUACAGCACUCAAAUCUUUAUAGAGUUCAUCUUUUGCUAGGUAAAAUUAGGGAGACAGAUCUCUACAUGGAACGUGCAAUAUUACAUGGAAAACUGGAAGAACAUGAAAAAGCUCUCGAGAUCCUGGUUCACAAGUUAAAAGAUUUCCAAGCUGCUGAGGACUAUUGUUUGUGGAAUUCCAAUGGCGAGGAUCCUUUACGGAGGCAGAGGCUCUUCCACAUGUUAUUAACCCUUUAUUUGCAGCCAGAUGACACCAGUGAUGAGCUAGUAAUGGCUGGUGUGGACCUUCUGAAUAAACAUGCUGUUCAUUUUGAUGCAAUUCGAGUUCUGCAGCUGAUCCCAGAAGAGUGGUCAUUGCAACUGCUUUCACCAUUCUUAACCAAAGCAAUGAGAAAGAGCUUUCAUUCUAAGUGCACAGCAGAACUUUCAUCCAACUUAGCGAAGUCUGAAAACUUAAUUUUUAAACACACAAAGGUAAAAUCAAGAGGAAACAGUAUUAAACUUUCAGAUAAAAAAAUUUGCCAAGUAUGUUGCAGCUCUUUCACAGAACCAAUGUUUGUGCGAUACCCAGAUGGGAGUCUUGUUCAUAUCCACUGUGCUACAAAGCCCCGUAGUUCGCCUGCCACUGACCAGAACCUUGUCCGUCAUAAAAAUCAAUCCUGAAGUAUUGGCUGCAGUUGCUUUGAUCAAUCAUUACAGAGUUACUGCAGAUCAGAGUAAGGAAGAGGACCAUGCUGCUAAUUAGAAGGAAGUGUUUGUUACUGGUCUGCAUCUGCUACCUUAUUUUUAACUGACAGCACAGACAUGAGUAAUCGAUGCAGUCAAGCAUUAUCUGAACUGUUAUUUUCCCCCAAUUUUGAGGAUUAUCGAUUGCCCGGUAUUGUGCAACAUGGAGAGAACAAGUUGAUCUUUUGAAAACUUUAAAUCUAACUGUAUCAGGACUAAGGCUUUGGUUCUGUAUUUCCUGACUGUUUAGGAACAUUGUUCUGUGUGCAAGUACACUACUUCUGGAAUUGACUAUCCACUGGUUAAGUGUAGGCUUUUCCUUCUUGUCAAAGAACUCCAGCUUUGGAUCAUUUGAACAUCCGUAAUGUGUCCAGUAAUUGUCAUAGAAUAACCAGUUAAAGAUGAAUCAAAGUUGUACAUGUCACAUGAUUGACUUUGGACCAGUACGUCCAUAAUGAGACUGCUAUGAGCAAUUCACAAGGUAAUGGUGCAUUGCCCUUGGUAUCAGAACUUGCUGACCAGCUGGUGUACAGAAUGAAUGAGUAAGCAUCUAAUUUCAAUUCUACAGUUUUUAAAUGAAACCUUUUCCAUCAGGUGAGAGUGGAAUAGGAGGGCACCAAUAAGACAGGACAAAAGAGGAAGAGAAAAGAUUCAAGACUGAUUAUCUGAUCUCCAAGGUGCUGUAUUUAUGAAAACUAUAUACUGCAUACAUGUAAUUUCCACAAAAUUUUAAAGGGAAAAGGGUUGGAAGGAAACGGACUAAUUAGAUAUUAUUUCAAUUAUAUCUAGAAUUUGAGAACCAUGUUUUCAACUGCUUUAUUGAAAAUGCCAAUCAAAUAAAUGGGCUACAGCUGGAACAGGACUCUUCUUAAGUAAUAUAUCUGAACUUCCUGGGGUGUAGCACAAAGGUCCUUCUGAUGUGCUGAAGAAAUUAAUUACGUUUUUAAUCUACAGCCAUAUAUCUAACCAUGGUGCAAUUAAUUUAUUGAUACUGUAAUAAAGCUUUUCUCUUGGCAGUGGCUAUAUUUGGCUUUGGUUAUCUUCCAAUCUGUACUGAACAUGCCUCCAUCCAUAAUACUAAACAUAUUUUGUAAACUUGAUUUGCAUGUGUCGUUAGGAGGUCCAUAUCGCUAAACGUCAAAGGAUUUAAUGAACAUUGGAAUGGUCCUGUUGCAGUUCAAUUGCAUCCAUUACAUGCAGUAAUGGAUUAAAUCAUCCUGGAUAUCUUAAGUAUCUAAGUGAAAAAUAAACCAAGGAAUGCUCUUUACAACAUUGCUUUCAUAUCUUAAUUAUUUUUGCUUUAAUAAAUCUUUCACUCUUUUCUCUGAGGUUACGUUUCAUUUGAUAUCAUUUAUGUUACUAUUUAAAUAAUAUCAAGUACAAUUUAAAUGUGUUCUAAAGUUACCAAGCCCAUUUUUCUUUAAGAUACAUAAUAUUACGGACAUUUGGAUGAUCAGGUUGGCAAUUUGUACAUUGUACUAAUUUUUUAAAAUAGACACAUUUUUGAAUUCUGCAGGAAGCAAGUAACCAAGUCUUAAAACUUACAGUACACUUAAUGCAAUGAAAUGUGGAAAACUGAACCAAAGUGCAUGUUUACUAUUUAAUCACAGAUAUGCACUUGUUUCUGUGGUUUUGUACAGUGUAUAUGCAGUAGUGCUGGUAACAAUAUUGUACAUUAUGGAUAAGAUUUAAACUUGUGGCAUUUAAUGGAAACAUUUUAGAUUUUGCAAAUUGCCUAAUGCAGUGAAGUAUUUCUACUUUAAUUGUUGUAUCUAACUGCCCCGCUUACAUUAAAGUUUGCACUGUAAGUAUUGAGAGAAAUGUUUAAUUGUAUAAAUGUACAUAUGACAAUUUUAAUAAAUUCCACUGAGAAAGUAGAAUUAAUUUGUAUGAGAAUUUUAAAAUUGGGCUUUGGUGAAGCAGGAAGGGAAAAAGCACAGAAAUCGGUGACUAGGACAUGGUGCAGCAAGUGGUACUGGCAGCAGAGUUUUACAUAAUCUUGGAUCAACAUUGUAUCCAGAAAUAAUUUUAAAAUGUUAUUUGACAAGUGCUGAAAUAAAUUUUAUAUUAAUUGUA